UAAAAAUUUCUUUCUAAUUUCAAUUUUUACUCAUAUUUUUGGCUGUUUUCGUGCAUUUUUUCCUCAAUUUUUGACGAUACGAUAUAUCGUCGAUAUUGAUUUUUCAUAUCGAUAUGUCGAUAUUGGAUCUCAUAUCGAUAUAUCGUUUAAGAUAUCGAUAUAUCAACACCACUAAUUCGGAGUUCGGUCGGUGUGUGGCAACAAGUUGACCAUUCCAAUGUGAAUUCUGAAUUUUUAAUUCGUAUUCGAUGAAAAAUGUGCAAGUGUUUUCCUUAUUAUCUAUUAUACGAGUAUGUAUUUCGGUGAUAUGUAAUGUACAGUUUACAGUACGGUACCAAAGAAAGAUACCAACGACGCCGAUAAAAUAGGGGAAAUUUUACCGGCUGAUAAUUUACGUUAGUUGGUCGGUAGUUUGUUAAAACCAUAAAACGUGCUCGUCAGUUUAGUAUUUUCGCGGUGAAGUUCGUCUACGUUCACUGUUCUCGGUCUCGUUUAGUACUGAUGAGAAGCGUGGUAAUAAUUUUAGUUAGAUUAGUGUAGUCUGUUUUAUACCUACGUUUUAGUCGUCCGCGUGUAGUAGUAGAUUUUUUGCCGAAUAGUGCUACUACUUGUCCCCUUGUGAUCGUUUGUAAUUGUAAUGUGUUCCUGUGUACAACAGUACCACGUUGACCACGAGACCGCGCUAUUUACGAUGUCGAUGGUUCGUUUUGUUGGUGGUGCAGCUUACCUAUAGCAAUGUCGUGUGAAUUUGUUCGAGAUUUGAUGUGCAUUCGGUAAGUUUUCGUCUUUCGGUUUGCUAUAGUGUAAUGCUCGUGUAAUAUUAUGGGAAAAAAUUUCAUACUCCGUGACGGUUCAUAUUUGACGUUCAUAUUUCACGUUAAAAGAAGAAGGCGAUUAUCGAACAAAUGCGAAAAAGUGCACCGGUGCGUCGUGAAAUCGAGAUGACUAAAAAAGAGCUAUCGAAGAAAGUGGACCAUCACGAUGAUUCGAAAACGGACGAUGAAGUUGGCAAGCAUCGUAAACGAAGAUCCGGCGUCGUUACCACAUCGGGUAACUCUUGUAGAUUUCUGUCCGUCGACAGACACGAUUUUCAAUUUCCUUCGGUCAAAAAAUUAGUCAAAAAAUACUCUAUGCUGAUUUCGCAACAACACGAACGUCGUGUUCAGAAUAUUCGCGUCGACGAACGUACCGGUCAUAAUUCAGCUAACGAGGAUAAUUCUAGUCUACGGUGCUGCGAUUCCAAUCCCAUUUCGGAUGAUACACAUCGAUCUAUUAUCAGCUUUACCAAAAUUCAAUCGAACUACGGGCUAAGUAAUAAUAAUUCGGACGAGGGGUGUUAUCUGCCCUUACCGAAUCAUGGCGCUUAUAGUGAUCUGAACAGUCCGGUCACCAGUGACGAUGGUCUCUGGUUUAUGGAAACACCUUCGGUGAAAAGGUCCGAGUCUGAUUCGGCCAUCGAAACGUUACCGGAAAGCGACGACGAUAAAUGUUCCUAUACGACUGGUAAUUCUAAUUGUGGUUCUAGAACUACUACGAGAUCUAAUUCCAAUUUCACCGACGAUGAAUUGAAUUACAAUGAUAAAUUAGAAAUUAGUAAAAUACCUAUCGAAAGGUUAUCUAUAAAAAAUUUCCAUCGGAGGCAAACGUGGACUGGUCCAUCACUAAAUGACGCUGCUAACGAAUCGGAAAUCAACGAAAAUCACGAUAAACUCAGCGUACGUAAGACUUGCAGCUUGGACCAGUCGAUUAAAAAAUUCAACGAAUACCAAAAUGGUAUUUGUAGAUAUUUAUACCGACCUAUGUGUAGAAAAGGUUCGGAAUAUUCGAACGAAGAUUUCGACGAUGACGAGAUGCGUUGUCGAAGCGUACGAACACCUUCGGUGGUGAUCAGCGACCAUUCAGAUGAUCCUAAUUUCGCAUCUUCUACUAUCACUCUGGAAGAAAUAGAAGAAUUUCAAAAUUGUCGUCUCAAAGACCAAAUGAACAACGUGUUCGCCGAUUCGAGCUCCGAUUGUAGUAUUAGCAGCGUUUGGAGUAAUUGUAAUAAUUGUACGAACAUCAUCGACAACGAAUACGAUGUUAUUGAUUGCGGUAGGAAGAUUUCCGAUUGUAGUUCCUGUAGCAACUUGAGCUGCGAAGACGAACAAGAGUUCACCAUCGCUAGAAAGCCUUCCGGGUGGCGUAAAUUACGGAAUAUUGUACAAUGGACGCCGUUCUUUCAAACCUACAAGAAACAAAGGUAUCCAUGGGUGCAAUUAGCCGGACACCAGGGUAACUUUCGAGCCGGACCUGAACCUGGUACAAUAUUGAAAAAGUUAUGUCCAAAGGAACAGAUGUGCUUUCAAGUAUUAAUGAAAGAUGCCUUAAAACCUUUUGUACCUGAAUACAAAGGAUAUAUUACGACAGACGAUGGAGAACUAUACCUCCAACUGCAAGAUUUACUGAGCGAGUUUUCAUCGCCUUGUGUGAUGGAUUGCAAAAUCGGAGUUCGAACAUAUCUCGAGGAAGAACUGGCUAAAGCGAAAGAAAAACCGAAACUCAGAAAAGAUAUGUACGAAAAAAUGAUUCAAAUCGAUAUGAACGCUCCAACAGAAGAAGAACAUCGUCUAAAAGGAGUCACAAAACCAAGGUAUAUGGUUUGGCGUGAAACAAUUUCAUCAACGGCCACGCUCGGAUUUCGAAUAGAAGGUAUAAGAAAAAGCGACGGUAAAUCUAGCAAAGAUUUCAAAACCACCAAGACCAGAGAACAGAUAAUCGAAGCUUUUCAAGAUUUCACAGACGAGUUUCCUCAUGUUAUUGUGAGUAUUCUGGAUAAAUAUAUCCAAAGGCUAAAAGACAUCAGAAAUACGUUACAAGUUUCAAAAUUCUUCGCAACUCACGAAGUAAUAGGAAGUUCGCUGCUAUUCGUACACGAUGAAAACAACGCCAGCGUGUGGUUGAUCGAUUUCGCAAAAACUAUAAUUUUACCAAGCGACGUGAAAAUAAACCACGCUUCCGAAUGGAUCGUCGGCAAUCACGAAGACGGUUACUUGAUCGGGCUGAACAAUUUGAUCGACGUGUUUUCCGAAAUGUCUAAAAUGAGACCAUCUAUGACAAUCGAAGUCACAGCACCGCCAAAUGACGAAGUGACGUGAUAUGCUUUUCAAAAAAAAAAAACCAAACCGGGUCGUAAACUUUUUAUCGUACCUGUCUUAUUUUGUCGAUUAUUUUUUUUUCAAAUUGUGUUUUUUUCUAAUUCAACUUACGAAAGAAACACGCCGAUACCCUAAAGUGGUGACGAUUGUUUCGUUCGAGUAUUUUGUUGAAAAGUAUUACGGAUUUUGUUCGAUGUUUAUUGUGUGUAUGUAUAAUUUACUUUUUAAUUGCGGUGCCCAUCAUCGAUGGUGUAGAGUGGGUACUCGGAAGAGGUUUUUUUUUUAUUCGAAGGUCGUCGAAUGGGGAUGAGCCUGCAGCUUGAAUGAAGGCUGGUUGGCUAGUUCAUGACGAUGUAUGAAACAGGGUGCUGAUACGCUGUGAUUUCUCUUCUUUUUUGUACCUAGAAUUGAUACUCUAUGAUUCAUAUAAGAUAGGAAAUGACAUUCGAGUAAUAUUUUUCUAUUUUGAACUGACUACAUUAUUUAAUAAUAAUUUAUUUUACUUGUUACUGCAUUUUUUUCAUUAUCAUGGUGUAAAUAAAAAUUUGUUGUAUUGUUAAAACUGUAAUAAAUAAUGCCAAUAUGUAA